AUGCUUACAAAUUAUUAUUCAACAUGUCAGUCAACAAUUAUUCUCUAUCGAUCAGAUAUUUUUAAAUUAAAUCGUCGACAUUUAUUUGUACGUUAUAAACGUAUUGAUGAACAUCUACAAUCAAUAAAAAGAAACUUUGUUACAUAUAAUAAUGAUAGAUUGAUUUUCUCUGAUACAAUUACUAAUGUAUCAACAAUAUUAAAUAAUAAUCAACAACGUACAACAAAUAGAUUAAAGAAAGCAUUGAUCAUAUUUAUAUCAUUUGUCGGUUCUAUCAUUCUCAUAUCGAUAACUAUGAUUUUAGUUUUUGUUUGUACAAAGUGUAGUCGUCCAUCACGAAUUAAUAAACUGAUUUCUAUUGAAUAUCUUAAUUCAAAUGAAAUGAUCAAUCAUUUAGAAGAAUCAUCAUCCAUUGAUACACAAUCCCAAUUAUCAAUUAAUUCAUUGACUUCAUUACAAUAUUCUCAUAUUUAA